AUGGCCAUCUCCAUUGACGAGCUGGACAUUUUGGUCCGCUCCUUUUACGAAGGUCGCGGUGAGCAGCAAAAAACCGCCCAAGCUGCCCUCAACCAGUUCAAGGAAGACCCCGAUGCCUGGCUCAUGGUCGACAAGAUCCUCUCCGACGCGCAAUAUCCCCAGACCAAGUAUUUGGGUCUGCAGGUUUUGGACAAUGUGAUCAUGACGAGGUGGAAGGUCCUCCCUCGGGAGCAGUGCCAAGGAAUCCGAAACUUCAUUGUCCAGUUCAUCAUUCAGUGCUCGAGCACUGAGGAGUCGUUGCGCUCACAAAAGACUCUGCUCAACAAGCUUAACCUCGUCCUCGUUUCCGUCCUCAAGCAGGAGUGGCCGCAUAACUGGCCCACCUUCAUCAACGAGAUCAUUUCCUCCUGCCACUCCAACCUAUCCAUUUGCGAGAACAACAUGAUCAUUCUGCGAUUGCUCUCCGAGGAGGUCUUUGACUACUCUGCCGAGCAGAUGACCUCCACCAAGACCCGCAACAUGAAGCAGACCAUGUGCGCCGAGUUCUCCCAAAUCUUCAACCUCUGCCAAGAGGUCCUCAACACUGCUACUCAGCCCAGCCUCAUCAUGGCUACCAUCGAGACCCUCCUUCGCUUCUGCAACUGGAUUCCCUUGGGCUACAUUUUCGAGACCCCACUCAUCGAGACUCUGCGAACCCGCUUCCUGUCUACCCCCGAGUUCCGGAACGUCACCAUGCAGUGCCUUACUGAGAUCGGCGGCCUACAGACCGGCGGCCCAGGCCAGCCCAAUUCGUACGACGAGCAACUCAUCAAGAUGUUUACCGAGGUCCUCAGUACCAUUGCUAACAUCAUCCCGGUCACUUUGGACCUGAAAUCGACAUACCCUAGCAGCAACUCGAAGGACCAGGAGUUUAUCCAGAACUUGGCGCUCUUCCUUUGCAACUUCUUUGGAAUGCAUCUGAACCUCAUUGAAAACCUCCCCAACCGUGACUAUCUCAUCCACGGCCACUACUACCUCAUCAGGAUAUCGCAGAUCGACGACCGCGAAAUCUUCAAGAUUUGCCUCGACUACUGGCUCAAAUCGGUCCAGGAGCUCUACGAAGAGAUGCAACAGCUCCCCAUCACCGACGUCAACCCCCUUAUGGCCGUCGGCGGAGGCGUCUCGGGCAGUGGUGCCCCUAACCCGUCCCUCCUCAUGAACUACCCCCUACGGAAACACAAGUACAAUGAGGUUCUCUCCAACCUGCGAGUGGUCAUGAUAGAGAAAAUGGUCCGCCCAGAAGAAGUCCUGAUUGUCGAGAACGACGAGGGUGAGAUUGUUCGAGAGUUCGUCAAGGAAAGCGACACUGUGCAGCUUUACAAGACGAUUCGAGAGUGCUUGGUCUACCUGACUCACUUGGAUGUGGUUGACACCGAGAAUAUCAUGACCGAGAAAUUGGCCCGACAGGUCGAUGGAACUGAGUGGUCUUGGCACAACUGCAACGUCCUCUGCUGGGCCAUCGGCUCGAUUUCACUAGCCAUGAAUGAGGAGACGGAGAAGAGGUUCCUUGUUACCGUCAUCAAGGACCUCCUCGGCUUGACAGAGAUGAAGCGCGGCAAGGACAACAAGGCUGUUGUCGCCAGUAACAUCAUGUACAUCGUCGGCCAGUACCCCCGCUUCCUCAAGGCCCACUGGAAGUUCCUUAAGACGGUCGUCAACAAGCUGUUCGAGUUCAUGCACGAGUCCCAUGAGGGUGUGCAGGACAUGGCUUGCGACACCUUUAUCAAGAUUGCUCGACAGUGCCGACGCCACUUUGUUGCCCUCCAGCCUAGCGAGCAGGAGCCAUUCAUCGAGGAGAUUGUUAGAAACAUGGGUAAGAUUACAUGCGACUUGACUCCCCAGCAGGUUCACACCUUUUAUGAGGCUUGUGGAUACAUGGUCGCCGCUCAGGGCAACAAGCACCAGCAGGAGAGGCUGCUCUCUGACCUCAUGGCCAUCCCCAACGCUGCCUGGGCCGAGAUUAUCAAGCAGGCGACGAUGAACCCUUCCAUCCUCCAGGAUUCUGAGACUAUCAAGGUCAUUGGCAACAUCAUGAAGACCAACGUGUCGGCUUGCUCGUCGGUGGGAUCCUACUUCUAUCCCCAGAUUGGCCGCAUCUACCACGACAUGCUGCAAAUGUACAACGCCACGAGCACUCUCAUCUCCGACGCUGUGGCCCGAGAUGGCGAACUCGCCACCAAGAUGCCCAAGGUCCGAGGUCUUCGGACCAUCAAGAAAGAGAUUCUGAAGCUCAUUGAAGUCUAUGUUGACAAAGCCGAGGAUCUCCAGGCUGUUCGCGCCCAGAUGGUCCCCCCUCUGCUGGAUUCGGUGCUUGUCGACUACAACCGCAACGUACCCGGAGCCCGAGAUGCCGAGGUGCUCAAGGCUUGCUCAACCAUUAUCACCAAGCUCUCUGCCUUGAUGGAGGACCAGGUCCCUACUAUCAUGCAGAAUGUGUUCGAGUGCACUCUGGAGAUGAUCAACAAAGACUUCUCCGAGUUCCCCGAACACCGAGUCGAGUUUUUCAACCUCUUGAGGGCCAUCAACUUGCACUGCUUCCCUGCUCUCCUCAAGCUUGAUAACAACCAGUUCAAGUUUGUUAUUGACUCUUGCUCGUGGGCGUUCAAGCACGACAACCGAGACGUAGAGGCCGCUGGAUUGAACAUGUGCUUGGAACUUGUCAACAACAUCGCCGAGAAGACCGACGUGCAGACGGGCAACGCCUUUUUCCAGCGAUUCUUCAUCACCAUCCUGCAGGACGUUUUCUUCGUCGUGACCGACAAUGAUCACAAGGCUGGUUUCAAGACGCAGUCCAUGCUGCUCAUGAAGCUCUUCUACUUCAUCCACCCCGCUGAUGGCACCCAGCCCAAGAUUCAGGGCCCCAUCUACACCCCAGACCAGGCGCAGGCUGGCACCAGCAACCGGGAAUUCCUGGGCAACUUUGUGGCUAACCUCCUACAGAAUGCCUUUCCCAACCUCCAAGCGUCUCAAAUCACUUCUUUUGUGGAGGGCUUGUUCACUCUUAACACUCAGUACGACAAGUUCCGCCUCAACCUGCGUGACUUCCUCGUCUCCCUCAAGGAGUUUGCCGGCGACAACGCGGAGCUGUUUAUUGUCGAGAAGGAACAACAAGAGCGGGAUGCCAAGGCUGCCGAUAUGGAACGACGACAGAAAGUCGGCGGUCUGCUGAAGCCUUCGGAGCUGGACGACGAGGAGCUCUGA